AUGGCUCAGAAGAUAGAAUACAAGUCUAACGAAAUUCCCAUCCCGGAUUCAUUCCUUGCUUCUCCUUCACCAACACCAAUAACAUCUCAUCAAAUCGACUUUGCAAACUCCCCUCUUCCUCAAUACGACGGCCACACGGCUCUUGUCCUAAACAAUGUUUUGUCUCCUGAUGAAUGCCGCGAGCUUCUUUCGCUAGCUGAAGAAUCCGUCCCGCGCGAUGAUGAGACUCAAUCGGCGUGGAAACCCGCUUUGGUGAGUGGCGGUGAUGGAUAUGAGAGUCGUGCGCCAGGCUAUCGCGAGAGUGAUAGGAUUAUCUGGGAUCAGCAGACGAUAGUUGAUCGUCUUUGGGAACGAUGUCUGCAAGCUGACGGUCUGCGCGAUUUACUCGCCGUCGUUCCUCACGAGCCUUGGAUGAAAGGUGGCCAGUUUGUCUUUAGUCGCUUGAACGACAGAAUGCGCUUCCUAAAGUAUUCACCUGGACAGUACUUCAAGCCUCACUGCGAUGGUGCAUACUUCUAUACUGAAGGUCCUGGGAAAGAAUUCGAGACAUUUUACACUGUCCAUCUCUACCUCAACGACUCUGUCGAGAAUGACCCUACAGCAGAGCUCCAAGGUGGCGCGACCUCGUUUCUUGACAGAAAGGGAGAGAAGAGAGUUGAUGUGAACCCUAAGGCCGGAAGUGUUCUCAUUUUUCAGCACAAGGGACUUUUCCAUGAAGGAGCGCUAGUGAACAAGGGAAUCAAGUACACCAUGAGAACAGACAUUCUCUACGAAUGGAUACCUGACAAUGAUGAAGAAGAAGAGCCACAGACAAAGGCUGCUUGGUGGGAAUAA